AUGGCACCUCUCACUAUUCGCAAACAAGCCACACAACCAAUCCCAGGACAAAAGAUGGGUACAAGUGGUCUUCGUGUCAAAGUUAAGCUUGUUGAAAAUACACCAUCUUUCCUUGAAAAUUUCUCCCAAAGUGUAUUCAAUAUUAUUCUCUCAUCGGAACAAGGAUUGAUCGGAAAGGUAAAUGAUCAAGGAUGUUUACAAAUGGUUAUUGGUGGAGAUGGUCGUUAUUAUAACAAGAAGGCCAUUCAAACCAUCUUGAAGAUUCUCUAUGCUAAUGCUGUUGCUCGUAAUUUGAAAAUUCAUGUUAGAGUUGGGCAGGAUGGUGUUGUUUCUACACCUGCAGUUUCGUGUAUGAUUAGAAAAUAUAAGGCCGAAUUGGGUGGUUUGAUUUUGACAGCAUCUCACAAUCCUGGUGGUCCAAAUAAUGAUUGGGGAAUUAAAUACAAUGCACCAAAUGGAGGACCUGCUCCUGAAAAGAUUACUGACAUUAUUUAUCAACAGUCAACUCAAAUUACUGAAUAUCAUACUUGUGAUGAAUUCCCAGAGAUUGAUUUUUCUCACAUUUCUGAUGUCUUUUCUGAUGAACAUUUGAAAGUUUCAGUUAUUGAUCCUGUAGAUGACUAUUAUGAAUUGCUCAGUACAAUUUUCGAUAUGGAAAAGAUUAAGAAAUUAAUUCAAAGGGAUGAUUUCAAUUUAUUGUUCGAUGCCAUGCAUGGUGUCACAGGUCCCUAUGCCAAGAGAAUUUUACAUGAGAAAUUAGGAGCUGAUCCUCAAAAGAAUUUGAUUAAUUAUGUUCCAAGUGAAGAUUUUGGAAAGGGUCAUCCAGAUCCAAAUCUUACCUAUGCUGAAGAAUUGGUCAAGAAGGUAUUGAAUGAUGAAAAUAGUAUUAUUGAUUUGGGAGCUGCAUCUGAUGGUGAUGGUGAUAGAAACAUGAUUCUUGGUAAACACUUUUUUGUCACUCCUUCUGAUUCUGUUGCAAUUAUUGCUGAUUAUGCACAAAGGUGCAUUCCAUAUUUCCAAAAGAGUGGAAUUUCUGGAUUGGCUAGAUCCAUGCCAACUAGUACAGCCCUCGACAGAGUUGCUAAAGCUCUGGGUGUAAAUAUUUAUGAAGUACCUACUGGAUGGAAGUAUUUUGGUAAUUUAUUUGAUGCUGGUAAACUCUCUAUUUGUGGUGAAGAGUCAUUUGGUACUGGAAGUGAUCAUAUCAGAGAAAAGGAUGGUAUGUGGGCUGUUUUGAGUUGGCUCUCAAUAAUGGCAUUUGAAAAUGAAAAUACCAAAACCUCAGUUGCAGACAUUGUAAAGAAUCACUGGAAGAAAUAUGGUAGAAGCUAUUAUACCAGAUAUGACUAUGAAGAAGUUAGCUCUGAAGGUGCCAACAAUAUGAUGUCUCACAUUAGAGAUACCUAUUUAUUCGAAUCUUUGAGUGUUGCUUCAUGUGAAGAAUUCUCCUACACUGAUCCUAUUGAUAACAGCUUUACUGGAAAGCAGGGAAUGAUCUUCAAAUUGGUUGACCAAAGUAGAAUUGUAUUCAGAUUAUCUGGUACAGGAAGUUCUGGAGCAACUGUUAGAGUUUAUAUGGAAAAGUAUAAUCCAGAUCGUUUGGAUGGAAACCCACUCGAAGAAGUCAAACCACUUGCCCAUGUCGCUCUCACUGUUAGCAAACUAGCUGAAUUCACUGGUAGAAAUGAACCAACAGUUAUUACUUAA